AUGACAUUACCGAUUGUGACCUUAUUUUGAUUUUCGACCCAAUAUUUUUCAGAUCUAUUUAAGCAAUUACGAAAAUUUGGAAAAAUGUUCCAAAAUCGACAAUAAUGACAAUUUCACCUGACUUUCGUUAUAUAUAAUUUGACCGUUCAGUGACCCCUAACGAAAAUAAACAAAGGAAUUGGUUAUGUACCCAGACCUGAGCAAGAUGUCUGGUGCAGGGGAUCAACAAAUAGAAGUUCCAAUAUCCCAUCAACAAAACAGAUAUUAUAGAACAAUAUUCGAGAAGUAUGACAAAGAUAGGGAUGGACUGAUAAAUAUAUGUGAGCUCCGGGAUUUAAUCGAGAGUGCAGAAUACGAACAUGAUAUACCAUCACACGUAGUAAAACAAAUUCACAAAUUAGCCGAUAUCGAUAACAAUAGAAAAAUAGAUUUCGAUGAAUUCGUAGAAAUGUUAAACAAUCCCGAAUUCGAGUUUGCCUUCGGGAGGUACAUGAACAGAUUCAUUCAGAUGACUAUUCCACCAAGGAGACCAACAUCGGAAACUGUAACUGAUGGUAUUUACGAAGAAGAAUAUACCUGUUAUCCACCAGCGGUGGGAAUGAUCAUUAUAUCGUUGAUAGAAAUAAUAUUUUUUUGUGUGGACGAGGCAGCUGAAAGAAAUUCAACGAAAUCAACGUCAGGUCCCAUAGCCAAUUUAUUCAUUUACAGCCCUUACCGAAGGAGUCAAGCCUGGAGAUUCAUCACCUAUAUGUUUGUUCAUGUAGGGGCGUUUCAUCUAGUGAUAAAUCUACUGGUGCAGAUACUCCUCGGAAUACCAUUGGAGAUGGUGCACAAAUGGUGGAGGGUGCUCAUUGUGUAUUUUGCGGGAGUUCUGGCUGGUUCCUUAGCCACUUCCAUAACUGAUCCGACUGUAAGGUUGGCCGGUGCUAGCGGAGGUGUUUACUCCCUGAUUACUGCUCAUAUUUCCACCAUUUUAAUGAACUGGGACGAGAUGACGUACCCAGGCCUCCAGCUCUUCGUUUAUCUUAUCGUGAUAGCAGCCGACGUAGGCACUGCCAUAUACAACAGAUACGUACUGGACGUCGGACAACAUAUAGGAUACGUGGCCCAUCUAGCCGGGGCUGUGGCAGGGCUUCUGGUCGGCCUCAACGUCCUGAGAAACCUGGAGGUUACCCAGAGGGAAAGGGUCAUUUGGUGGGCCUCUUUCAUCAUCUUCUUCUCCUUGAUGGGUACGGCCAUCAUUUGGAAUUUCGCGUGGCCCAGUUUUUGGCCCCCUUACGAGAUGUAUGUGGUGAACGGAAAUCAGAACAACCAGAGUAAACCGAACGGGUUCAGCUACAACUAGGAUCGAUAUCCAACGAUUUGAGUGAUAGAAUAGCAGCUGCACUUUUGUGUGUGUAUUUUUUUUAAGUGUAAGUCUGAUGAAUUUCGUUGUAAUUUUUGAUCUGGUUCCGUUAGGGUAUUGUGUUUUUUCCUAUGUAUUUUUAACUAUUUUUUUUUGUCAAGUACAACAGAGGUAUUUAUAUUUUUUGAAUAUUUAUAUUAUUUAGGAGUAUUAUAUAAGACAGUAUUUUUCCAGUGUUUUCAGAUAUUUUGUAUGAUGAUCUACAAAUGUUUAUCUCGAAUUUUAUCUUUUCUACUGUAUGGUAUAUGUGAAAGUAUUAUUUUGUCUAUUUUUUUUAUUGGAAAAUCGAUAUUUCGAAUCACUUGAUUUUAAAUUUUUUGAUCUGAUUGUGUAUUUUCAUACCAUGUCCACUUUGUAUCAAGAAACUAAAUAGAUAUUUUUGAAGAAUUAA